AUGUCUACGCCAAUACAAUUGCGGGUGACAAAUAUGACGUGGCCGAGCCUCGUAGGCUCCUGGAUGCUGUGUCAGGCGACGAGAGUCUCGACAAAAGGAUUAGCCAGAGAAUUCAACGUGCCAAAGCUGCCCACGACAAUGCGACUGAGACCCUGGGUCUGUACGCUGCAGGUGUUGUAG